CAGUAAAAUGCAAAGUAAAAAUAAAAGAUACACACUUCACUUUCAAACGAAGAAAUUUCUAAACCGGAAAGAAUCUAGGGGAUAAAGGAAGAAGCACCGUCUCUCAAGAGAGAGCACCAUGAUCACCCUGAGACUAUUAUGGUUGAAGUUAUUGCUCGCAAAUCUAUGGUUUAGUGUACAUUCGCAACCGCCCUACACUGGUGGCCCUCAAGGUCCAAGGCCUUACUACUUGGAUGAGUUGUUUGAACCUGGAUACCAGCCACGCCCGCCGCCACAGGCAAUGUAUCAUGAGAACAUGCUCAACAUUCCUGCACAGAUGAGGAUACGCCAACAAUGGAACAUACCACAACCGCGCUUUCCUAAGCAUUAUCAGCAACACGAGCCAAACACGGAGAAUGAUGAGUUUUCGCCUAAGACUGUUAACAUUUCCAAAGAUGCAGAAAUUCAAAAUACGACCGCUGAUCUGCACGGAAAUGAUACCAAUCUCACAAAUGAUGCGAAUCCUGGCGUGCAGAGCGAUAUAAGAGGAAUUUUCAGCUCUGACAAAGCACCCGUUUUGCACUUUAGCUUUGCUAAUGUUAACGGAAAGUAUGUCCUCGAUGAAACUGAACAGGGCGCUACUGGAGCGCUCACUGGUCAGGUGACCUUGCAACAGUUCAGUCCCGUAUGUGGAGGCGGGCUUCAUUUUCAAAAUGGAGCCUUGACAAUGACCCCGAACAAACUCGCAAGCCUGAUGAAGAAGGAAAUGACGGUGGCUGCCUGGAUUAAAGUGGAAUCAGUAAGUCACGUAAACGUGAUCUACGCAUGCGUGGGUGGUGGCGUUGUUCAUCUUUUGGAAGUGAGUAGCAAACAGGCUUCUUCCACAGGCGCUGUUCGCUGGUUAUACAAGGAUGAAAGUGGUCCAGGAACUGUAUUUCAAGUUGAAACAGAGGCUGUAAUCAGUCCAGGUCCCUGGGCGCACAUCGCUGCAGUUUAUAACGGUGGAAAAGGAAAGCUUAAAAUUUUUGUUAACGGCCGGAAACUUCUUACCUCGAGUAACGUCGCUAAAGUGAACCAAAUCUCGUUGGGUCAACAAAUGAUUAUAGGAAAGUUUCAGGACUCAGCUGCGGCCAACUCCCAAAUGUACCUACAGGGAAACCUGGACGAAUUUUACGUUUUCAACGUUGUAAGAGAUGAGUCUCAAGUUGUGAAAUUGAUGGGAAAAUGUGAUUUUUCAACAGGAGGAGGAGGGUCGACUUCCAGUGGGCUUGCCGUUCAUCUCACAUUCGAUCAAAUCCAAGAAAAACUCAUUAUUGACAACUCUCCAAAACUUAACCACGGCACGCUUGUGGGACAAUACACGCAGACUAUGUACAGCCCCCAGUGCAAAAUGGGUAUCCGAUUAGGAGGAGGACUGGGACACAUCGAGUUGGAUGGAAACAAACUUGACGAAGAGAAGAAAGAUGCAAUGUCUAUUUCUCUGUGGCUGCGUGUUGUAGAUAACCAGCGUGAAAAUUCAAUUUAUGGAUGUUCUGGGGGCAAGGGAGUCCAUUAUUUGAGUAUCAAACCAACGGCCGCCCCAAACGCGGUUGUUAACUGGAUGUACAAGACGCCUGAUGGAAAGGUUGUGUUUCAAAUCAGUUCUGAGCCUGCUGUACCCUCAGGAAUGUGGACUCAUAUAGCUGCGGUUUACAAUGGUGGGCUAGGAAAGGUAAAAAUGUUUGUGAAUGGUGAAAAGAUUUUAACCACGACGAAAAGUGUUCAGAAACUAUCCAGUGUGGGUUGGAGUUCUCCCAUAGAAAUUGGAAAAUUUACCGGAAAUCCACAAGCUUUCUUGAAUGGAUCUAUUGAUGAGUUGUACAUAUUUACUUCCGCUCUGAUGCAUGCUGAGGUCCAGGCCCUGAUGGAAAAAUGCGAAUUUCCAACUGACAGUACGUUGUAUUUCGUGGACGUCAAGACUGGAGCUGAAACAUUCUCCGGAACAAAAUCUCGUGUGUUCUUCAAACUGAUCGGCGAAAACGGAGCUCACGGAGAGGAGGAACUUGGGCAGGAUUUUUCCAAAGGAAGUACUAGACAAUUUAAUGUCUACGCAGCCAACGUUGGCAGACCGGUCCGAAUCAGCAUAAGAAAGGAUACGAAGGGCAUCUUUUCAACAGACUGGUAUUUAGAAAAAGUCGUUGUCACCGUGGAAGAUCGGACGGAUGGGCCGUCAUUUAUAUUCAAUUGUAACUGCUGGAUCGGGAAAGACAAAAACGACCUUCAAAAGUAUCUCCUUCCUGAGAAGCAUGUGGACGGAAACUGGUCCCCCUGGAGUCAGUGGAGUGGCUGUGGUUCAGGUUUAUGUGGAGGAAAUAAGAAAGUUCGAACCAGAUCAUGUACUAACCCCCACCCCACUGGGGGAGGGAAAUCAUGCCCUGGAAAUUCAUUUGAAGAAGGAACCUGUCCAACUGAUGGUGGUUGGGGUGCAUGGGGAGGCUGGUCUGCCUGUAGCAAGACAUGCGGAGGUGCCAUGGUAACACGAGUACGAGAAUGCAAUAACCCUAGCCCAAAGAAUGGCGGAAAGCCAUGUGAACCAAAAGCUGCUAAAGAAACCAAGACCGACUGCGAUCAACCUUGCGAAGUUGGCCCUUUGGAUGGUCAUUGGUCCGACUGGUCAGAGUGGACUGCCUGUGCAAAAUCAUGUGGUGGAAGCAAAGUCACACGGACAAGAAGCUGUAGCAAUCCUCCUCCUCAGAGGGGUGGAGAGGAAUGUCCAGGGAAAGCAACUGAGACUUCCUUCGACUGCGAGACACCCUGUCCAGUUCCUGGUAAGUGGGGAGACUGGGAAGAGUGGUCCGUUUGUAGUGCAACUUGUGGGACUGGAAAAAAAGUUAGAACAAGAGAAUGCAAUAGUCCCGCUCCACAGUAUGGAGGAGAAUGUCCUGGGAACGGACAAGAAUCGGAAUCAUGCGAGAUAAGGAAAUGUCCAACAAAUGUAAUAAACGGAGCAUGGGGUGCAUGGGGUCCCUGGGGUACCUGCUCUGAGAAAGAGGUCUGCAACAGGGGAAUACAACUACGCACUCGCCAGUGUAACAACCCUGCGCCACAGAAUGGCGGAGAGUUAUGUCCGGGAACUGGGUCCGAAAGCCAAGAGUGUCCGAAGACGAACUGCAAAGAAACUCCUCAGAACACUGCCGCUACAAAGCCUGUUGAACCAAAUUCAUUCAUAGGAUUAAUGUGCAACUCUCAAAACGCAGAACUUGUCAGUGAUUCAAUCAAAAACGACUUGCUAACAGCUGUACUAGCAAAUCUGCCUAAGGUGGUCCCGUAUUUGAAGGGCGGUUACUUUGCAUUUAAAGAAAAGUCACAAGAAUUAAAUGAAACAUGUUUCGAGCCCAUGAAACUGCUUACGAUAGCAGAGCUGGCUCAGCUGUAUCCCAGUUUUCGCUCGACAAAGCCAAUGCCGUUCUUCACCAUUCCUGGGGAUGCUGAACACGUGACAGGAAUAAAGGUUAAUUUGAGAGAUGAUAAAGCCCUCUAUGGAGUUGAGUUUCUCUUGGAUUCUGCUUCUCUUUAUGCUCCAACUGAUACAGUUUCCCUUGAAAACGUUAUGUUUCUUUUCCGAGUAUCUCCCGGAAAAGAAGAAAUUGUAGCCCAUGGUUUCAAUAAUAUUGGGAAUGCCAAGUUUGCUGUUUACGCCAGCCUAGGGGUAGAAAAUGAAGUCGCGAUUGAAGGAACCAGCAACCAAACAGCUACUUCAGAGGAAAUUGAAGCCGCCUUGUCAUCAAACACAGCUGCAGCAAGUGACUUCUCCUUCUCCCAAAUUUUGAGACGCGGAGAAAGGAGCCUCGACCCAAAAUCUUCCUAUGAUCAACUUGCAAUGUUAGAAAAUGUCUUCAAAGACGGAGAAUACACAGAGAAUUCGAAAGCUGCGAAGAUGAGUAGCGUCAACCUAAACGCCGAAAGACACAUUAUCCAUCGAAGAAGUGCAUUUUCAAAGCAGAAAAAGUCUAGGCUUUGUCAUAGACGGGGAUUCCAUGCACGCCAUAAUACAAUUACGCAACGGAAUGUGGUGCCAUCAUCUUAUUACGAGCCAAUAAAUGAACUAAGAGAGGAAAUGCCAUUCCCUUAUCCAAACACGCUGAAUAUGGAUUCAUUAUAUGCUAUGUCUCCAGCGCAGAACAUGGUGACAACCCCUAACUUGAAGGGCUUGCAAGACGCAGCUAAAACGACAAUGAAUCUUGACCAGAAAGUACUUGACAUAUUGAAACGCGUAGGUCUAGGCCUGGUGACUAUAUCUGACUUGUCUUUGGAAAUCAGUGCGAGCAUGAAAGAGGUCAUAAUGCGAGUCAGCGGUAAGGCGGCGCCCAAAGGGAUUGGUGGAUGGUUUAAUUUUGAGAUCAUACGUAAGGAUAUUUUCGCCGUGGCUUUCACAGCGGAGCAGGCUGGAUUUGAAGAUUUCGUGGAGAAGAUGUUUAACACCAAGAUUGGUUUGUUUGAAAAGUUGGAGAAAACAUCGUUUGGUAUUUCGUUUGCGCAGAAAGGUUAUAAAGUGACACCGCAGACAAAAUUUCAAAAAGAGCCUUUACAAUCUUUGAUGAAAAAGGAAGUCCCAGAUGGACUGUUUUUUGCAGCCGUAACGAAGUUUGCAGCGAAUUGUGGGGAUAACUCGCAUUGCCAGUUUGGUAAGCUACUGAUGGGCAAAGAUUCCUGGUUGAAAUUUCACGGUGGCGUAAAUAAAGCAGGUGUUAAAGUCAACGCAGGAGUGUAUGGCAUACCCAUAAAAGGAGACUUGAAGUUUAACAAAGUUGAGGUGUUUAUAGAGAUUUCUGCAGCAUGGAAAGAUCAGAAAGUUCCCUACGCUGGGUCAGUAAAGGCGAUAAAGAAAGGGGUUUUCAUCAAGGGCACCAUCAAUAUUUUGGGAUUCGCGCCGGCUGUCGAAAUAUUACUCAGUGACAAGGUAAUUUACUCGUAA